AUGCAUAUCAUUUUUAAAGACAUGCCAUUCGUGCGUACGUUUGUCGAUGACAUAGUGAUCUUUUCCUCCGAUAUGGAUACACAUCGUGAACACGUGCAACAAGCUAUACAUGCGUUGACAGCUGCAAACCUUAUUCUUAACCCAAACAAAUGCCACUUUGCCCAAAAGAGCAUAUACUUACUAGGCUUCUGCAUCAGUCACAAUGGUAUUAAACUCGAUCCUCGUAAGGUCUCAAAUGCCUUGACGUGGCCUAUACCACAAUGUGGCAAGGACAUUCAAAGGUUCAUGGGCAUUGUUAACUACUUUAGGGGUCACAUCCCUAAUGUAUCCCAAACAAGCGCUCCCCUUGAAGCUUUACGUGAAAAAGGGUCCUUGAGAGGUUACUGGACUCGUGACCAUACGUUGCGCUUUAAUAAGCUUAAAGAAGCCUUAGCUGCUAAUGUCCCCUUGAAGUAUCCCGAUUUGAAUGAGCCUUUUUAUGUCGCCACAGAUGCCUCUAAUUAUGGCAUUGGAGCGGUCCUCUUUCAAAUGAAGGACAACAAGGCACAAUACGUUGGCUUUAUGGCACGCUCACUAAGCAAAUCCGAGCGCAACUACUCCACAACAAAGAGGGAGUUACUUGCUGUUAUUUAUGCUCUCGACAAAUGCCAUCAAUUUCUUUGGGGAAAUCCGUUCACUCUUUAUACGGAUCAUAAAGCCCUCACGUAUCUUCAUACCCAAAAGAUUGCCAAUCGAAUGAUGAUCAAUUGGUUGGAUACCAUCCUUAACUACUCUUUCAGAGUGGUGCAUCUCCCCGGUCUUAAGAAUGUACUUCCUGAUCGACUCUCUCGCUUGUUCACCCCAAGUGCACAGCUGGAGGGGGGUAAGGUUGCCCGCUCAAAUAAACGAAUUGCUGCUAUCAAAAGCAGAAGAAGAAGAAGAAAGCAGCUCAUUACUGCACCUUCACCCAAAAUCCCAACCGAUACAUUGACUCCAACCACAGAUGCUGACAAACAAAGUGAUCUUGAAGAUGCUCACUACCAAGUUGGCCAUGCUGGGGCGGAGCACAUUGUCAGGUACUUGCAACACACAAAAGGCGUACAUUGGAAUUCCAUACUCCAGGAUGCCGUUGAAAUAGUAAAACGUUGUUCACAAUGCCAAAAGUAUAAUAUUGCGAAGAAGGGGUAUAAUCCUUUACGACCAAUCUAUGCUUAUAUACCAGGCGACCAUUGGGCUGUUGACUUGGCUACAUUCAAUCAGACAACGCAUUCUGGCAACAACUACUUACUUGUAAUGGUAGACGUAUGUACGAGAUUCUGCAUCCUACGCGCCUUGCCUAACAAGAAAUCUGAUACAUUGGUUCAUGCCUUCACGCAAAUCUUUUGUGAUUUCGGCCUACCUAAAGUCAUCCAAUCUGAGAACGGGGCUGAAUUCAAGAAUCACCUCAUGAAGAAGCUUGUCGAUAGCUUGGGAAUUGAGCAUAGGCUCACGACGCCUUAUCAUCCUCGAGCAAAUGGCAUAGCCGAACGUUGGGUGCAAUCAUCAACUCAAAUCAUCUGUAAAAGGAUCGAAGGCUCUGGAAAAGACUGGGACUACUAUGUUCCUAGCACACAGUUAGCACUCAAUAUGCGCGUUUCCAAACGACUGCAGUGCCCACCUUUUUCCUUAAUGUUCGCACCUAACGUCAAUGAGUUUCGCGAUUACCGGCAAGAGGACUCCACAAAUGUCAAGCCGAUGUCGUAUGAGCAAUUGGUUGAGCGUAUCGAGCAUAUGCAAAAGGUCGUGUUUCCAGCACUCAAAGAAAGAACCAUGUUGUAUAUAAACUUGCAAAAGAGAAAGCUUGACAAAAAGCACCGCCUCAUUAACUUCCCUGAGCAAAGUCACGUCAUGGCACGGGUACAAACACGUGGUAGCAAACUCGCACCUGUAUACGAGGGGCCCUACACAGUCUUGCGCAAGACGCAAGGUGGCUCUUACAUCUUGCAGGAUGAAACGGGUUCAUUAAUGCCUCGAGAUUAUGCACCAUCAGAAUUAAAGCUCAUCUCUCAAGAUGAAGUUAUACCCGCUGAUGAAUUAUACGAGGUACAAGCCAUCAUCAAUCAUCGUGGCAAACCGAACAAACGUGAGUAUCUUGUACGCUGGAAGGGUUAUGGCCCUGAAGAUGAUACUUGGCUUACACCCGAUAAGUUCACCGACCCUGAUUUCAUCAUGCAGUAUUGGAAUAGGCUGGGUCAAAAAGAUGAUGAUCAAAGUCAGCAUCAUGCCGAUAAUACAUCUUCAAAGCGUAAAGCCACAGGCAACCAUACUACCACUCGACGUAGCAAACGCCUUAGAAAGUAA